CCCCGCCUCGCCGGCACAUAACGGGCGGGGGGCGGCUCCCGCACAGCUCCCGGGCCGGCGCCGCGCCGCGCAGCGGGAUGUAGCGCUCAGCACCGCGGAGAGCGGCGGGGCCGGGCCGGGGAGGGCCGGGCCGGGGCUGGUGGGAGGUCAUGGCCGGCGUGCAGCAGGGCGAGAAGCAGCUCUUCGAGAAGUUCUGGAGAGGCACGUUCAAAGCCGUGGCCACGCCGCGACCCGAGAGCAUCAUCGUGGCCAGCAUCACGGCCCGCAAGCCGCUGCCCAGUGGGACGCUCAGCUGCCUGCCGUACCCCGCAGAGGACAGACAUCCCGAGAAGCUGAGCGGCCGCGCAGGCAAGGAGGCCUCCAGCACCAACGGCUGUGUGAAGGGGAAGCAGAGACGAGAGCACGCGCACCGCAGGUCACGCAGCCCGUCGUGCGAUGGGGAGCAACCGCCACAGCCAGCCCGGGGGAAGAAGAAGAAGAAGAAAUCUGGGCGCAAGAAGCGAAGGAGGUCUCCCUCCUACAGCCCCUCACCUGUGAAGAAGAAGAAGAAGAAGAGCUCCAAGAAGAGAAAAAGAAACAGGUUAUCCUCAAAGAAGAGAAGACAUAGUUCUUCAAGCCCCAAAAGUAAGAGAAAGGAAGAAAGAAAACACAAAAAACACUCCCGUGGGCGCAGCCGGAAAUCCCAUCGCCACCGCCACUGCCACUCUCGCUCCGAGAGCUCCGACUCCCACUCCCCCAGCUGCCGAAGCAGGCACAGAGCCAGGUCUCGGGAGGAAAGGCGUAAAACACGGCAAAGACACUCCCGGCACCAUUCAAAGAUCACAGCAAAGCGAAGCUCCUCCGCAGAGGUUCAGGCCAGCCAAAAAGCCAGCCAAACCCUCCAGCUCUACAGCUUCCUGUCUCCUAAGGAAGUAAUCUCUCAGUCAGGGUCUUCUGCUGACCUCUUUACCAAAACAGACAGCCCGCCUGGCAACCUAGCCAGCCACAAUGGAGAGUAUCAUGAAUAUGACUCAGGAAACGAUACUUCCUCCCCUCCCUCCACUCAAACGAGCUCAUCCAGGUCAAAGGACAGCCAGGAGAAAAGAAGUCUAGUCCAUGAUGGCUUUGGCCAUGCCUUCUCGUCCGGGAAGCCCAAACUGGCCAACAGCGAUAACAGCUCUGAUUCAGGAAAUUCCUUCACCAGUUGCUUUUCCCAGACCAAGGGAACAGCUUUGGAAAAUCUGUCUCCAGAUGCCCAGGGACAAGACCGAAGAGGGUGCCUGUCCUUAUGUCUCAGCUGUUCAGAGGAGAAGAGGCGAGAUUUCCCGCCGUCCCCAAGCCGCAGCUCCUCGCUGAGGCCAUGCUCCCGCAGCGAGUCCUACACCAGCACGGGCAGGUCUUCCCCUGGCUCCAGCCGCUCCCGCUCCUCGCGCGGCAAGGCCUCUCCCAGGUACUCCCGAAGCAGGUCCCGUUCUUCAGGAAAGAGGUCUUCUUCACGUUCCCCCAGUUACUCCUCCAAAUCCUGCAAAAAAAGUCCCGGGAGCAGGAAUUCAAGGUCUCGUCGGAGCCCCAGUUACUCCCGCUACAGCCGUAGCAGAGACCGUGAGCGCGAGCACAAGUACAGCUCCAGUGACAAGGAAUCGCUCCGGGAGCGGGACCGGCAGCGACGCUCCUAUUCACCCCUGAGGAAGCGGAGGAGAGACUCUCCCAGCCACCUUGAAGCUCGGCGCAUCACGAGCGCCCGCAAGCGCCCCAUCCCCUACUACCGUCCCAGCCCCUCCUCCUCCAGCAGCGCCAGCAGCUACUCCUCCUCGUACAGCAGCUUUAGCCGCUCCCCGAGCCAGAGCCCGAGCUACUCCAGCUAUCGGACAAGCCGGAGCCGAAGCUGGAGCAGCAGCAGCACCGAGGGCAGGAGCCGCAGCCGGAGCUCGGGCCCCAGGAGCAGCCGCAGCAGGAGCAGGAGCUAUGACUCAGGAGGCAGCUCCGACAGCCUGCGUCGGUAGGGAGUGCCGCUGACGGCUCUCAGUGCUGGCGUCACCUCCGAAUUCCUGGCAUUCUCCGCUUCCUUCCCACCUACCUGGCCAUCGAUAGCAAUCAUCCCGAUACUGAUGUGGUGGCAGUGCCGGGUCCCCCUUCCCCGGUUUGGAGUAAGAGCCCUCGUGCGCCCAGUGCAGCCCCUUCACCACCUCAUGGAGUGAGUGGAUCAGUCCCAGCUCCCCAGGCCAAGGCUGGAAGAAGGGUUGGUGCUUUACAGAGGGUCUGUCACAGCAGACUUGCUCCAUCCUCCCCAUCACUGCCGCUCUCCAACGUGCUACCAGCUGGUCCAAAGGAAAGAAUUCAGCUCCUUGCUCUUCUGCCAAACCAGGAACCAGCGAAUGAUUUUCUGCUGGAGGGAGAAACCCAGUUAGGGAUGGAUUUGCUGGGAAGCUUUGGUGAUGGGUGCGGGUGAUUUGUCCCCACCAAGGCAAAUAUCAGGUCCCGUGGGUCUCUCCUCCAGAGUUUCCGCCCAUUCUGCAGCAGGCCUCUUCCAUGAGAAAAUAUGUAUUUAUUGCUGGUCAGCCAGUCCCUGCUAUAAAUAGAAGGCUAGAAACCCUCCUGGUGUAAUUCCUGGGAAAAAAAGGCUGUUCCUUCUCUUCCUCCUGCCGUUUUCUACCAGGUAUGCAUCAUCUUUCACAGGGUUGUUUCAUCCCUCACCCCACCACUGUGACUUGCUUGCAAACUGCUGAGGUCUGAAGCAGACAUGGGGCCAGUGGGGUGCAAGAGAGAGGAAUGCUGGUGCCACACUGCGCUCCGAGGGGCAGAGGGGACAGGGGACAGGGGGUUCCCUUCUCAGAGAAACCCUCUUGCAGUUUGGGAUUAGGUUUUUUUAAAGGGAGCCUUGCCCUUGGAGGGCAGUGCUGGUGGGACUGCAAGAUCUGCAGAUAGGCUGCUGUGGGGUGUCGUGAGAGCACACAGGGACCCCAAUUCCCCUUUUUCAUAACAGGCAGCAAUUCUAAGCAGUGCCAGGAGGAUUUCAGGACCUUGUUUCUCCUGCAGACCCUCAGGGUCCACUGAGGCAGGACUAGGAGAUGCACUGGCCCCAGUUUGUUGCUGGGAGGAGGGAGCAGAGCAGGGGGACACAAAGGGCCCCCCACUAAUUGCCUUGGAAUUCCAAGGAGCUGCAGGCAGCAGGAGGAGGGCCCUGCCUGCUUGGGCAGCCCUGGGCCCUGGGGUUUUGUCUCCCUGCCAGCCCAGCUCCUGCGCAAUUCCUGUGUUUUGCAGGGUAACAAAGGCUUCUCCCAGCACAGGCUGAGCUGGUGCUCAGGAGUAUUUCUCUUACAACACCUGGGUGCUUAGAGACGUUAAUUUGGGCUUAAGGCUUCCCUCCCUCCCUUUUUCCAUCCCCUCCCCUUCCAUCCUGCAUGAUCAUUAACGAGUUUGGGCUCAAUGAGUCAAGGAGGUGUGUCACUGAAGUGUCACAGAAAAGGGCUGAGGGGAGGACGAGAGGGGGCACAAAGAAAUGCAACAUCCCCCCCAGCUGCAGUUACCUACAGUCCCCCCAGCGCCGCUGGCAGCAGGUAGAGGGGCAAAGCUGCAAGCGGAGGAAGGCCAAGUGCCAUGUGGUGGAGCUGGAUGAUCACCUUAGCAAGCACAUAAAGCUGGUAUCUGUUGGAAAGUACAACAGGGUGGGGUGUGUUUCCACCUGAGAGGUACGAGGGGAAGCUUUAUGCCAGAGGUCCCUUUUUCACAGUAUCCUUCCUACCGCUGCUCCCCCUUGUCCUCUGCCUUCGAACCCCAAACCCUUCCCUUUUUCCCAAUCCCUCAUCCUCUGCCUGGGUGAUGCAGGUAAUUUGAGGAUGAGGGUGGCUGAGGCAGAGAGCUGGGCACUGCUCAGUGGCUUGGAGGGGACUUGUCCUUCUGCUGGGAGGCCACUUUCUAGGGCACAUAGAGACAAGCAUUGCUGGUGAGGCUGAGCAAAUGCUCCCAGACUUUGGCCGAGGGAUCAAAGAUGGGGUGUUCUUGCAGUGGGGUGCCACAACCUUCUGUCCUGUGCUGCCCCUGACAGCAGCCCCUUGGCCAUCUUCUGCAGUGGACUCCCUUCUCGUAAAGGGCUGAAACCUCAUGCUUCUUCCCCAAAGAGUCUCUUCCAAUGUGACACUGAGCACCCUGUCCUUCUGCUCCUGGGGAGGAUCCAAAAGCAGCGAUGAGAGCCCAGAGCCCAGAUCCACCAGUGUUUCAAGAGUAGCCUCAUCCCUCCUAAUGCAUAUGGAAGGAAGCAACAAGCCAGGAGGUCAAAAACUAGGAAAGAAGAGAAGAGGGGCUUUGUGCCGCUGGUGUAAACACCAAACACAACUCUGACUUGAGUUCCUCGUGGCUGGGGAUGGAUGAUCAAAGCACCACGUCAGGGCCAGCAGCACCCACUGACCACGGGACAGAUGACUCCAAGGGUUCUGUGGGGCUGACAGCAGCUCUCAUUCCCAUCUGGCUGAUCCAUGCUUCAAGGGCUGCCUCUGCUUGCGUGGUCCAUGGCAGAUAAACAUUCCUGGGGUUUCCCGAGCAGACUCGUGUUGGAGUAAACCUCUUAACUUAUUUAUUUAUUUAUUUAUUCUUAUGAUUCUAUUUUUAAUCGUAUGUCAGAAUGGAUGCAGGUGGUCGCUGGUACCAGUAUUUAUUUAUUCCUAUAUUUUUUUUUAAAGCAGUAAGUUAUUUUGGGAUCUGUUUGUUUGUUUGAAUGUAUCCAUGCCACUGUUCUCAUGUAAAGGUUUACAGCCCUGGUCCCUCUUGGUGAGGAGUGACAGUCACUCCUGCUGCCAACGUUUCCCUUUGACUGCGCUCUCUGGAGCGGAGUGGAGAGACAGAGGGACGCAGGGCAGAGCUGUUGGUCUGUUUUCAUGUUAAAAUCCAGGGUUUCUCAUUAGAUCUGUGAUGGAUGUGACCAUAGAAACGGGUCUAGGACCACACGGAGGUGACGGCGAGGGUCUGCUCACCGGCUGGCCAAGCACUGGGGUGUCUGCAGUGCUGCAAGGGGAAGUCUCACCCCGUCCAUGCUCAGCCCGGUCCGUGCUCGCCCGGCUGGGUGCCAGCUGGCGGCUGCUGCUGUUUGCCUUGGCUCCGCACAGCCCGAAACCGAGCGGCUCUGCAGAGGCCCCGCUGCUCCCCCUGGGAGGAUGCCGUCGCCAGGGCUCCCCUGCCCUGUUUAUCCACCCAUGGAAAAACUAAAGGAAUGAGACUGGGAGAGAGUGAGCCAGGCUGAAGGUGCUUGCAAAAUCCCAGCUGUGGUGACAGGACCCAACAGAGCCUGUGUGUGUACGUGGAUGUGCGAGUACAUGUGCAGAUGUGCAGGAGUUUCCCUCAGUGGUGGUAUUUAUUUUUCACCUUAUUUAGGAUUUGUAGUCCAACUGGAACAUCACCCUCCCUGUCAGUGGAAGCUGGGUUUCCUGUUGCUUUGCCUGAAGCCCGUGAGCUUUUCUGUCUGUGCCUUUUGCCAGCACUUGCUUAUUUUUUAAUGGUGUUUUGCUCGCUCAUUGCUUUCAUGGACUUUUGCUCCACGUCCAGCAUCUCAGCUUGCUGCUGGUGCUCUCUGCAGCGAGCAGCAUUCAGCUGGUGGAAAGGCAGCUCAGCCAUUCAGUGUUGGUGAAUAGCUGUGCCCUGCUGUUGGCCUCAUGGGGGGUGCCCUGGGCUGGCCACAGCCUCAAGGCUUCAGGAGAACAUCUCAGCCAUUUUUUGGAGGCCCUAUCUCCGAGGGUUUUGCUUUCCUCAAUCACAGGCUCUUUCCCACCCAUGAUUUUGUUUCCAUCCCAUAAGCACCCUGGUUGCCUUUCCCCGGCAGAGCACACCACAGCACCCAUCCCAAAUGUCACCCUGACCCCAGAGCCGUGCUGGAGGUUCCCCCUGCUCCUGGGACUACCUUGGCUGUGGGAUUAUCACACUGAGCGAGGCUCAUCCCACCUCUCCCAAGCCCUGCGCUGGGGCCAGGCUCUAGACAACCCAACCCAACCUCUGCAGGUUUGCUGGAAAGCAAAGAGAAGGGAUGUUUCAAAGCACUGCUGUGUUCUUUCUUUUCUUCAUGAGUUCCAGCACUCCGCUGGCCUUUGCUUUAUGUUGACUGCAGCUUUUCUCAAUGUUUUUGUUGCUUUGGGGGAUUGAAUUUGUACCAAACUUGUGUGCAACAGCCAAUCACUGUUAUUUUGCUAUGCAUUGUACAUACAUUGAACAGGCUGAGAGGACUUGGCCUCUAUUUAAUAUUUAUUUCUUCUAUUUAUUGAGCAUUCCUUAAAGAAAGCUAUUUGGGUCUUGCCAUUGGGUCCAGGAGGGUAGGGAGCUUUCGAGGUGUUGCCAUAUACGUUAGAGACAGGUUAUCAGAGAGGUGGAUACUGGUAAGUGAGGCUGCCACUUUCCAGCAUGGAGACAAAUCAGGGUCAUCUGGAGCUCAACCGCCGGUGAUUCAGAGGAACCUCACUUAGAUGAAGAUGAGCAAAACAGGGGAAAAUCCUCCAUUUUCUUGGUCCAGCUUCUGUUGACAAAUCACAACCCCUGGAAAGGUGCUGGGCACUCGGAGGCCACAGGCCUGUUGUGGUGGAGGAAUAAUCCUGCUCUUCCCCCUCCAUGCCAUGCAGGGCUGCCUGGAUCACCAGAGAUCCCUGGAGAUCUCCGAUCUCCCACCACUGGCUCUCUCCCAUCUCUUGGCUCUCAGUAGUUAAUGGGGGACUUGUCACCCUUUCACUGAUGUGGUAAAAGGGAUAGGGCUGAAGUGACUGGCCAUGGUCUCUGCCAGGCAGCAAGGAUGUCCACCCUGCCCCAUCCUGAGACCCUCAUCCUUGUGCCAUGUCCUACUUUGCCCCCUUCCACCCACAGGGCACCCAUCCUUGGGGCUAUCAGGAUGUUUGUUUGAGAAAGGGACAGAUUCAGGUGCCUGACUUUGCCCUUUAGUGUCCAGUGGGGUUUUAUUACCUCCUUACCAGAGAAUUCUCAUGACUUUUGCUGCUACCUGGAAGUUUGCACAUGACCAGGAAGGUCUCCGAAGCACUGGUGCAUCCGCUGUUGUAGCAACAGAUCCAUGGUCAAGCAUCCUGACUUUUGGGCUAUUGACCAGAGAACAACACCCAGAACCUCUCCAGCCCGGGGCAGCUCUGCCUCUGAAACCCAGGAACGAGAAGAUUUAGAACAAAAAGGUGAGAAAAGCCAUGAGGGAAACCGGUGUCUCUGUUUUCUCACCCGUUGGUCGAUUCCCAUCUGCUGAUGUGACCUCAUUGUAACACCCCCUUUGCUCUCCAUCCAAACGCAGACUGUAUUCUUUAGUCUUCCUGGGGUAUUUUCGUUGUUAGCCUGGUUAGAAAAAGGGUUCCAAUAAAGGUUCAGACAGUAUUUCCUUCUCAUCGCA